AUGAAGUUAGAGUCCCCAAAAAAGCAGAGAACCUGUAAAUAUUUACAGAAAGGUUCAGAAGGACCACAAAAUCAAAUAAACUCCCAACAGUUACAAGAAGAAUUAAGUAUAAAGACCUAUAUGAAUGAGCUUUCUGAUGAAAUAAAGAUCAGGAUUUUUAAGUUUGUUCAAUUCCCUUUAUGUUUACUUUUAACAUGUAAGAGGUGGUAUUAUAUAUCCAUGGAUUGUCAGGCGAGAGGUGAAUGGAUCGUAUACAGUUAUGGAAAAGCCCAUGCACUUUUUCAUGCAAUAAGACUCGGACCAAACUUUAUUAACGUGGGAGUAGUUCAAAUUAUAAUAGCUAAAGAUGGUAUCAUUUCCCGUUAUUUUAUUCAAAGACUGCUAAUGCACUUUGGAUCAUAUGAUCAAACUUUGCUCGAUAUGAAGCGUGAUUAUAGUAGUGGACUCGGUAAUACUGAUCAAGCACAGAAUUUGCAAACAACUAAAUUGCCAUGGGCUAGUGACACACCUAUAUCUGUCUUUACCUUUCUUUUAAAUGAAGCUUCAAAAAAGUUAAAAACCUUAGAUCUUGUAGCUAAAGGAAAUGACAUGGAGUUGUUUCACUUUCUGAGUGCUGGUCCUCAUAUCAUUUCUCAAGCAAGACAAAAAUUGAAAAAUAAUUUUGAAUCACUUAAAGAAUUAAUUUUGCAUACAAAAGGUGUGAUUCAAAGGCUUUCAGAACUAACUGAACUCGGAUUUGACUUGUCUCAUUUGGUGGUUCUAGAUAUACUACAGCUUUUUGAACACAGAUUAAAUGACAUUGGCAAAACUAUAAUGGAUUCCUUUGUUAAGAUUAGAUGUCGAACAGAAGAAGCACAAUCUAAAUUUUAUACAGAUCUUUUAACUGGUGCAAUUGAUCCAGAACGGAAUAUGAAGACGACUAAUUUAUGGGAUUUUUUGCGUUCGUACAUUGGUGAAAAAAAUGAACAGGAUCAUUUUCUUAAAGCAAUGGAGUAUUAUUAUUGUAAAGACAUCAUAAAUCUUCAAGAAAACCAUGUCGCAAAUGAAACAACAUCAAUGAUAUGUGAUACAUUCAAAGCAUAUUGUCAGACCUAUUGCUAUACUAAAGAAUUCUUUUUACCUUCACAAUUAAAAAUUAUUUGUAAAGCCACAAGUGAAGAUGUACUUGACCCGUUAUUUAAAUGUUAUUUGCACAUGGUAUUUGAAAUUAAACCAACAUCGACAACAUUUGAUAUUUCACCGAAAAUAGGUGAUGAUAUAAAUCAAGAUGACAAGUUCAAAGAGGAAAACGCAACCUUAUCGCAUAAUCAAGUGUCACUAACCAAUGAGUUUUCUAAAACUGAAUUACCAAAACAAGCAGAAACAAUGACUCUACAAAAUGAAACAGCGGCAAUAACUGAGGAUAUUCCCAGAAAGGGAAAUAAUUCCAAAAGGAAAUUACAAAAGCAAUGGUAUAAAGAGCUGAAAAAAUACCAUGACAGGAUUCUUAACACACAAAAUAAGUUCGAUCAUUAUCUAAAAGAAUUCUGGCAAAUUCUUGUCGAAACAGAAAUUGGCAGAGAAUUGAGAGAGAAGGAGAAAGAUAUUGAAAAGUCUUCUAAUCCUCGAGUAAAGAAUAAUAGGAAAUUAAAACAAUAUAAUUUAGGGAAACAUCGAAAGAUGUCUCCUAAUUUAGCAAGAAAUCGGAAGAUGUUUGAGCCUGUUCGAAAAAGAAAUUCGAGACAACUAAGAUCAAAAGUCAUCAAAUAG